AUGGCAGAUCGCAGAGAUCCACGCAUGAUAAUCGAGUCCUUGGCCAGCAACAUGUGCGACAAUGUAGAAGGUUUCAAAGCUAAACUUGAUGAUCAAUUGCAAAGACGUCAUUCCGGAGAAACAAUAUUAGAUGCAUUUCGUGUUCUUUUAAACGAUCCUCUAUUUGCCCUGGAAGAGCGCGAACCAAUGCUAUUGGUUAUCGAUGCACUGGAUGAAUGCGCGGUUGAAGGAAAAAGUGAAUUUUUGGAGUUAAUUUCGGAAGAGUUUCCUAAACUACCCCAGUGGAUCAAAAUCUUGAUCACAAGCAGACCAGAACUACCAGUGAAAGAAGAACUACACCAUCUCAAUCCCGUGCAAAUUACCCCUCAUGAUACGAGAAACGAAGAAGAUCUCCAAAACUAUCUUCGAAAUUUUUUAUCACCUAUCUGUCAUGAUGACAAAGUCCUUGAGUCAUUAUCUCGGAAAUGUGAAGGAUCAUUUCUUUUCGCAUAUUUCACUCAAUUAGAGUUGAAGGAAACAACGACACAGCUAACGACACAAAACAUUUCCGAACUUGUUCCCAAAGGCAUAGGUGGUUUUUACCUAAAGCAAUUUAAGCAUUUAAAAGAUCAACUAAAUAACUUUGGUUCAUCGGAAGUCAAGUUAAAGCAUUUUCUUCAAGUCCUUGUUGCGUCUAAAGGCCCACUGCCAUUGAGUUUAUUGCCCGAGUGUCUAGGGUUGCCUGAUGAUAUCGAGUACGAAGUACGUGAGUCAAUCAUUGGAAUCAUUUCCUCGAUUUUGCCUGUUUACGACAAUUGUUUAACUGUUUAUCACAAGUCACUUCGUGAUUGGUUGAUGUCCGAUGGUUAUAAAGAACAUUCUUUUACUCUUGAUUCCCACACUGGGCAUGAGUAUUUAUGGAGAAUUUGCAAGAAAGAGUUUGAUCAAAUUAUUUCAUUGAGUACGUUCUCAAGCUUUAAGGCAUCUCCGAUGACAAUAUAUGCUCUGACUCAUGGAAUUUCUCAUAUGAUCCAAUCUGGCGGCAAAACAAGUUACCAUUUGUCAGUUGAUGUAAAAAUAGUCCAUGCCAGCAUCACGAAUCAGAAAGACUGUUUUAAAAUGGAAUGCGAAUGGAGGGAAAUCGUUGAUAAUUCACUUUCAAAUUUAAGCGGUGAACUGUUACAGGAAUUGGACUGGCAUAUCAAUCUUUUCGAAAGUUUCUCGUGGUACAGAAGUCCCGCUGUAUAUUAUUUGCAAUCUGUAGCAAAUAGAAUCAACUUCAGUAAUGAAACAAGAUCACUUGCUAGAUCAUUGUUGGAGCAGGGGCAUCAGUUUUGGUUUGAAGAUUUGGACACUACAGAACUAAGAAACCAUUUUUACAAGUCAGUUUCCUUGCGAACGAAUGUCACGUGUAUGUGUGUAUCAUCCAACAAACAGCUUGUUGCAGCUGGAUAUAAAGACGGAUGGAUUUCAAUUCUCAGAGUGCCAGACUUCCAAGAAGUACAUACCUUUGAUACUAUACCGGAAUCUAAUGCUUGUCGUUUCAUCUUCCUUGUAUAUGAACGGGGUUACACAACGAAGGUCUCUGGUACUCCGUUGAGGUCCUGUUCAUUUUCGCCAUCAAGCGUCAGGCUGGUUACUUGCGAUGGUUCAAAAAAGGUAAAGUUAUGGGAUGUCAACAGUGGCAACCUAUUAGCACGAUUGCAAGCUGGAGGACCUGUUGAUUGCUGCUCCUUCAGUGAAUGUGGUUUGUUUAUUUUAGCGGACAAAGCGUGGCGGCAUGGUCAAAACGAAAUGGAUUUAUUCACUGUGUGGAAUGCAUUAACCCUACAAAGAGUUGAUCGACGCAAUAUUCAGCAAAGAGCGGAUCAAGGCAAUCGUUACAGUUCGUUUAGGUUUCUACCCGAUAGGAAUAAUAAGAGCGAACUUUUACUGUCCCGUAACGGUCAUUAUAUUGAUGUAUUUCAGUUACCCGAUGCGCUUCCCCUUGCUCGGCUAUACGAACGAGUUUCCUCACUUUCACCUUUCGUACCACUGGAUAUCACCACUAAAUACGGCCACUGGCGCGACUGUGUCUUGCACCAUACCAAUGAGUCAAUACAGUACACUGAAGUUGAUCAGUUAGAGAAAGUAAGAAAUCGAGUCUAUUCCAACGAGAGAUGUUCGUGUAAGUUCGAAGAAAACAGACCUGGUCCCGUUACAGUUCAAAAACUAUACGUGGUGCCAUUUUUUAACAAGUUAAAUAUUUUCAGUGUUGCCGAUCAGCCUUCAAUGUCGAUUCAGCCUUCGUUCGUUUCAGAACCGUGUGUCAUUUCGUGUUGCUGUUUCUCACCAAACGGCUCUUUCCUGGCAACUUGUGCAAAUGGUGCUCCUCUUUCCGUUCUUGUUUCCGUUCUUGCAAAUGGUGCUCCUCUUUUCGUUGUAUGGGACACUAAUCUUUGUGCUGUCAUACAAGUUUUGCGAUUCCCUCUGGUGCGCGCAGUGGGCUGCUAG